CGCCGCGGGUCUUAUCGCCCCUCGGUGUCGCCGCGCCGCUCGCCGCGAUGCCCGUUGUUCUCACUGUUCCCAGUCCCGUCAGUCUUGACGCUGUUGACGCUGCUUGAUGCUAUGUUUGCCUUUCACGCUGCGCCUUAGCGUCUCGCCCGCGACGCGUUAAACGUCGCCGCGCGAACGUACCGCGCCGUCCGCACGAUCCGAUUCGUUCUCCAUGUCGCACGUGCGUCCCGUCAUCGGCUUGAGAUUGAUCUACACCGAUAACGUGACUGUGAUGAGCUGCCUACGGGGAACAGCGGUACGAGACACGUCUGAUUUUUGACAGGAAUUUCCUGAUGCGCCAGCAAACGGUUACCCGCGUGAACGGGCGAGCCUGGACAUCUCGGAUUCCCCGUCUCUAUUGAAUUCAGCGUUCAACCAGCGUCGCGUGAGUGAGCGAACAGAGCGAUCUCCCGAUGUCGCCGCCGGCCGUGCCGUCUUCUAGUCGUGUUUUGAUCUUUUAGAACGUGUCGCAAUGCCGAUGGCAGCGAGAAGGACCGCGAGCAGUGACCCAUCUGUAAAAAUGUAUAUAAGAGACAAGUAAACAGCAGAAACUGUAAAUAUGUCGGCUUGAUCGCCUGCCCAAGAUGAGAUUCAAUAAGCAGGAGUUACUGACUCUGGCUACACAGCCUUCGCAGAAAUUCGAGAAGGAGGGAAUCCUGUAUGUGAGAGAACGGCAGGAAGGCUUCUUUCGCAGGACAGAAAGUACAGGUAAAAAACUUCAGAACAAAAAUCAGAAACGGAGGUCGCAUAAGAGUCUACGAGAUCUCAAUUGCGUUACUGCCGGCGCGAGCAAAGUAAGUCUCGAACGAUGGUGCAGACUGCGAGGCAAUCUUCUGUUCUAUUUCAAAUCGCGGGAGCAGUGGUCGGAGCCGCUGGGGGUGAUCAUCCUGGAGCAGUGUACGGUACGCGUGGAUCCGUCCAGCACCAACGUCCCUUACGGAUUCAGCAUAGUUUUCGACGGAGGCUUAUUUCAACAGUUAGGCGCGAAUACAGCCGAGGAACGGGACAGUUGGUUGCAGGCGCUGCAACUGGCCAGCUACGAGUGCAUGCGGAGCCAGUUGUUAUCGUUGCGCCAGCGCAUCGAGGCCUUCAGUGGGCACAAGCACGACACCGACAUACAGAUGUUGCGGUUGCAGCGCGGGACCUUCACAGAUCCGGCGGAAGUGCCAAUGUGCGAGAUAUCAUUAGCCUGUGACAAUCUGUUGUGCGAUGGACAUGGCCGACCACCCACUCCCGUCUUAGAAAUAGAUGUACAGUCGAAAUCUUCCAAAACUUGGAUUAAAUAUGCACGAACGGAAGUCGUAGACCGAAGUAGUAAUCCAAAUUUUUUAACUACUGUAAGCUUUCGAGCUAGCGACGGGUUGACCACUGAAACAAAAAUCAGAAUAACCGCGUACGACGUCAGAGAAAGAGUCAGCCAAACCGCAACUCCAAUCGGAAGCGCGGUAGUGACAUUCAGUACGGUGCAAGACACGCCUAGAUUAAGGAUACCGUUAAAGUCAGCGAAAACAACGACAGUCGGAUUUUUAACGAUUAACGUGUGGAAUCUGGAAGCUGAGGAUAAAGGGAAUAGCACAGAGAGCACACCGUCGCGAAAUGCAGUAUACACUAAUAACAACCAACAACUGCCUUCGCACAGACGCUCGCAGUCGUUACCUCCGAGAUUAGGGACGAAAAUUAAGUUCCCGUAUCAAGGCCAGUUAAAGCUUCUCUUUGCAAAUCCAUUCGUGCAGACUUACAGAUUUCACUCCGGAUUAGGGGGUGACAUAUGUGUACAUGAGAUUAUGGCGGAGAGUAAACUCUGUUUUCAAUUUCCGCAACAUUUGCUGGGUAUUUGGAUACAGGAGGAAAAAGAAUUAUUACAAGAGGUAGCCGGAAUGGGAGAAUUGAGGGAACCUUGGCACACGAAGCAAGUCGAAUUGCUUGACCGUCAUCUUCACUUGUUACAUUUGUAUUCUCAAGCCAAAGAAAACUUAGCCGCCUACAAAGGGAGUUAUUUCAAGCAGUCGUCGCGAAAGAACGACCGCACUCUCGAAUUUGCGCCUUUGAAUUUACACCUUCAACGAAUGUGGGUCCACAACGAUACGUUGAAUAAGUGCGGAUUUUAUGAUUUUAUUAGCGUAGGAGCGUUUACCGCGCAUUCCCAUAAAAGCAAAAACGGCGGACUCAUAAGAUUGGUGCAGGCACUGAAGGAGUCGCCUAUGCGAAGUAAUCAACUUUAUCAGGGAACAUCAAAAAUCACUAUGGCGCACGAUGCAAUCCAAGCGAUCAAACAAUUACGCCGGGACGUUGUAGAAGCAAUGAGAUCCUUGAUGAAACUUGCCAAGGAGAAGCAAACGAGUGGCAUGUUACCGAUAUGCGAGGAUAUGAUCACAAAGACCAGGAUCUUACUUAGUCUCUGGGAUCCCGGCUUGGUAGAAGAGGCUUUAACGUUUUUGGAAGAGUACAAAGUCGCGAAGGUCCAGGACAACUCAACCACGUCUUCGGACGACACUUUGACACUGGAUUUUAAAAUCAAUCAAUCCUUGUCACCUUUUAAACGCAUUACACAACAGCUGAACUUCGAUUUGAAGAGUCCUGACUUUGAUGAUUUCGUCACGCCUGACACUCCCGAGUGCGUGCAGGACAUAUGGUCGAAAAACGGCAUUAGAAAUGGUCAGUAUGCUUCCAUAGCAUACUCGAAAAACGAAAUACCCAACAAUAAUACUGGCGAGAGCGAAGAAGAGAAUUUCGUAAUAUUUCCGGACGUGGAGGAUGAUCUUAAACAGGCAGAAGCGGAUACUGACGAAAGUAUUCAGCGAAACCAUGACAACGAAAAAAAAGAAGGCUACGACGACGAGAAGGAAGAUUUGAAGAAUGAGACUGAUCCGUGUAAACGUUUCUUAGACACUCAGAAGAUGUGCAAUUCGCCAUCUGCAAAUUAUUAUAAACCUACAGACGAACCGGAACCGUGGGAUCUCACUCAGUUAAAUAUUGAGGCGAGCGUCAUGUGUCUCGUAUCAAAAGUAAAGUUUCUCUGCGGUAGAUGCAGCAGUCCGGCCGUACGAUUGCGUAACAAAGGUAGCAUGGGCAGAACGCAGAGUUUGAAAGGGGGUUGCUUGCCGAGCAACCGGCAUAACGUUGAGGUCGUUACAAUUCAGCCAAAGAACGGUAUCAAAUGCGAGGAAUCGAACAAAUUGCUGGAAGAGUCAAACGAGCGACUUCAGUCUAGCCCGGGAAUAGAAAAACCGGCGCUUUCCAAGGCAAAGGAAGGGAUAACCGAUACUUAUCGUAACUCGUCUUCCAAUGAAGUGUGCCAAGCGGUCGAUUCGAUGACGCGCGUGAUAAAAAGUAAUUCAGGACAGAGGAACAAGUUUACCGAAGGCUUAGACUUUGCGUCGAUCGUCGAUUGGACGAGCGAACUUAGGCCAAGCAUGAAGAAGCUGCGGCAAGCCAUGGACGGUUUACUGAAAACUGCCAGACUGACGCACUCCGUAUUUCGCGUACAGGAGGAUUCGAAAACAGCGCAGCGCGUGUGCAACGUUCGGUAUAGAAGAGACGUUUGCUUCAGUCAGGCGCUAACUGCCUUAGUAACCGGCAUAAUGGCGAAACUAUGGUGCCAACGACCCGACCCGAUGUUUCUACUAAUACUCACAACUCUGGGACCAUUGGUCUCCUUCGAAGGCCUUCUUAGCUAUUACGGAGACGAGAUAGACAUGUGGGGCGACAUGGCCGUCGCGGUCGAAGACACGCAUACCGUCACAUUCACUCUGUCCAGAUGUGGUAUUCAACCCAGAGUCGAAGGAAAGUCCAACGUGCUCCAGCUUCCUGUACCGCGCGUAGUAGGCUCGCGAAGUGCACUGACGGUGAUACUCCCGGUUCCAGAUACGAUUUACUCUCUCUUGCCAUUAGUGCCCUCCUCGAGACAAACGUUGUCGUUCAACGUGACUCCGGUGUUUUUCAACGUCGGUAUUAACGAGAUGGCUUCCUUAGCCGAGAGCCUCGGCACCACGAAGCCACAAGAGAAAAGUAAUAUGGAUAACUUUGAUAGAUUGAACGAAUAUUAUUUGAGAUUUAAGAAGCUGAAUCUACCGACUGAACCUACAUCUACGCGUUUUGCCGCUAGGUCAAUUUUGGGCCACACAUUAUCGGACAUGAUGACCAAUUUAAAGACAUGUGUGCAAGAGAAAGUUAAUAAGAACGUAGAAAUUUUGCAAUUGUCCUCACAAAUUUGCCGAAGAAUGCGCGGUUUGAGAUUUACCAGCUGCAAAAGCGCGAAAGAUCGAACCGGUAUGUCGAUCACUCUUGAACAAGUCAAUAUAUUAUCGUCGGAAUAUCACUUGGCUGAACACGAGUACAUGAGGGCUCUUGACUGUAUGCGAAGUGAGGGCUGUCGCCGAGAGAACACAUGGAAGAACAUUGGUGUGCGCAAAUACGCAUUCAACAGCUUGCAGAUUCUGACGUUGCCCAGACUCUACCGGCCGCCGACCGGCACAUACGGAUCUGCCCAGACUUAAGGAGGAAUCCAAUUAGCGUUACGUACGCACAUUGCACGAAAUUAAGUUUGACUCUCUGGCUGUGUAAUCGCGGAUUAACUUCCGUAGUAUGUGCUAAGUAUGUAGUACUUGUUACAGAAUAGCGGAUGCUGAACGCCGAGAUGCGUUCGACGUAGUUCUUUAGAGAAUUUAUUGGGGAUACACGCGACUGGCACGUGUUAGGCAUAUGAAAUGCCUACCAGGGACGUAGCAAUAUGAUAACAAAAAGAAAGAGCUUCUGCAUUAACUUUCUAAUCUUUUUUCGUUGAGAUUUUUUUUAUUUGCACGUUCUGAGAUUCAAGUAAUUGUUGGUUGUAUAUAGAAAUUCAUAUAUUUUGUUUUCGAGCAUAAGAACCGUAGCUACGCCCCUCCCCCUCCCUCAGAGCAACAUUUAAGUGCAUUAUUGCCUAGAUUUGCAACGUAGAGUUGACGCGAGCUCGGUGCCGCGAAAUAGUAAGCGGCAAAUUAUUUACGUAAUAUGUAUUGUAAUGGGGCUGGCCGGAAUUGCAGGGUGAAUCGAAUCAGGAUAAAAACUCAUUUGCCUGUUCGCUUCUACACUUGCUUCCAUAUCUUUUGGAAAUCUCUUUUGUUGUGUUUUUCUGGUCGUAUCGCUGUUUCUAUGGUGCGAGUUUUUGAUGUUGAUCCAAUUCACCCUUCACUCCUACCCGCGAUUGUUGGCGAGUUUUUGCAACAUCGUACUGCGGAUACCGUAAACGCUAAAUUUGCGCGCUUGAUACAAGUAUAUUUCGCAAAGGCUGCAAAUAAAUCACGAGUUAUCGUCAUUUCCGUUGCACGUGAUUUUUAGAGUUUAUCAUGUUCAAAACACGAUAUUGCAAAAGCUCUCUGUUAUAUCUAAUCGAAUCUACUGUGUUGAAUCGAUUCGCCUUUACAGGAAUAAUUAGCUCGGUGCCAUUUUCUGCCAUAUUAUUACUCAUGGAAUAUCCGAUAAUGAUUAGCAUCGUUAGCAUCGAUUUAGAAGAUAUCGUGAGAUAUCUUAUAAACGUUAUUCUGGAAACGAACGACGUUGUAUUUAACGGAAAAACGUUAUUUUCACACGCGUCCGUGCGUGCGUGGGAAUUUUCGUGUUAUAUCCAACAUUUUUUGUCAUACAAAAAAAAUCCAAACACAUAGACACGUAGCUUCCAUCACCCCAAUUGAAUAUUCUACUAACGCGUUACCAUAUCCGUAAAUAUAGAUGGUAGACUCCAACAGGUUGGACAUUGUUUUCAAUAAAUUAUUAAUUUACCCGA